AUGGCCGGCGGGCUCGGACCGAACGAGGGAGAGGUUUUCACUGGCGUUCGUUUCGUUCUCGUUGGGUUCGAUUCCGUCUCCGAGGCGCAGGUGAUUGUCUCAUCUCCGACUGUAUUUUGUUAGUUUCUAUUUUGUAUUCUCGAUUGCCCAACUCUGCGCUCGUGCUCAAUGUUUGCUAACAUUGGAUGAUAAAUUGAUGCCUGCCGUGCCUCAGUAUCGAUCCGAGCUCGUCCGGAGGGGUGGCACUGACGUGGGUCGCUACCAUUCAAGCUGCACUCAUGUCAUCGUCUUUGGUCGCGUUCAUGUGCUCUCUCUUUCCCCCCAGACCGCGCUCAUACGCACAUAUCUGUUAGGAUGUCAAAAAAUUUCACAUGCCUUGUAUUUUUUCAGGACGAUCCAGUAUGCAUUGCUGCUAAGAAUGAUGGGAAGGUGCUUGUGACAGAAUUAUGGAUCGAGGACAGUGUAGACUUUUCAGAACUUGCCAAUGCCGACCGGGUAAGUUGAACAGCGUCUUAUGCAGCUCAAAGUUGGGAAAAAUGUCAUGCUAAGUUCAUAUGAUCGAAGAUUCCAUAAAUGAAAGAAAGGAGCGUCGACUUCCUACAAUGUCAUGUCGCCGUAAUUUCGUAGUGCCACUUGAAAUGCUCAGGUUAUUCUAACCAGGCGAAUCGCUUUUAUAUUCUUGUAUACACAAACCAUGCUGCAAAGCAGGUUCUUGAAUACCAAUACCAGCCUCCACAACACAAGGAGGAAGUUCUUUAACUCUCCUUUGUUUUUAAUCGAAUAUCCCUGAAAUUAGAGUACAUGCGCAUUUUGUCACUCCCCAGUCUGUCAAGAAUGCGUAAUUUCAGAGUAUAAGAGGCAUGAAGAUGUUGGAGUGGACUGGUUCUCCAUGUAAUCGGACAGAAAAUAUACCAUAAUUUUUGGCAUCGAAUGCCCUGGUCAUUAGGUAACUAACAGAUCAUUUUGGACUAUGCCUCAACUAUAGCAGAUGUACUUGAACUGUUAGAUAAUUAUGGUCGAUGAUAAGAUCACUGUUUAUGUCGCUAUUCCAGGACCUUAAAUGAAACAUUCAUUUCAUAUUUAAGGACUAGUUCGGAGUUAACAUUAAAUUACCUGUUGGGUAAUGAAUAGAAUAAGAAUUGAUUGUACAGUUCAAACUAGGGCACUAGUGCAUGUAUUUGACGUUUUUAAUAUUUUUAUUAUUUGUGUAUACAGCAAUGUUUUUCGACGGGUGGGAUGCCAAGUUUAUUGUUUGUGCGAUACAAGCUGGAUUUCAUGAAUGAUUUAUGUUAUCAAAACGAUUGGUUGGCUUAUGUUGUGGUUGUUGUUUCGCAUCACUUAGCUGUAUUUUGUCAGACAUUGAGAAUACCAAGCCAGUGUGUGUUACAUAGAGGAUACAGCAUCCCUGUUUCAGCUUUAAUCUGUUAGGAAAUAAGUUGGUUUCACCUCUACGUUUUAGGCAAGCAUGCGAUCAUCAUGGAACAUGAGGUAGUGCAUGGAAAAGUGGUAGUAAAUAAAUGUUGCACAUGGUUUAUGGAUUUAUGUUUUAACUAGUGCAGUUGCUGUAGAUCCUUUUUUUCCCCUUUCAUCACGUUAUCAUAUUUUAUUCAUUCUAUACCAAACUUAAAGGGCUGUCCUUAUUUUGCGCCACAAUUGGAAAUGUGUCAUCUCAAUAGUCACGAAGAAUUCAGAGUGAAACUACUUAUGGUCAUUUCAGCAUCAUGUCUGGUGUAACGAGUUCUCUAACACCAAUCUCAUAGAAAUGACAUUGAAUCAACGACGUAGGCCUUGCUUGUGAUCUAUCUUCCUCCUCUCCUUAACUAUAGACGUUAUUGAAGCAAAAAUGAGAAAUUGUGAUGAAUACAGCUGAAUAAACCCAGAUGAAGUUGUACAUCACAGAACCUGUUAUUGAACAAACGGAAUAAAUGAGAUACAAAUCGUGCUUCAUGAAUUCAGCGAAUAGACUAGUGAUUAAUAUGGUCAUGAACUCGGACUGGUGAAUCCCUAGAUGUAUGCUUUAGUCACUUCAUCGUGCUUGUUUGCACAUUCCCAAGAAAAUAGCAACGAACUAAAGCGUGGUGUGAAUGCAUGUUGCCACCCAUGCACGUGUUGCAUUGUGUGUGUUUUGUUAGAUGUAAUGGGAUUUCUUAACACGUUUAUCUGCACUUUGUAGUUCGUGGGUGCUUGUACAGGGGCCAACCUGCCUAGAAUUUUGAAUAAAUUGAUUUUUUUGCUCACAUUUGGGAUAUGUUCAUUGUUUGUUUUUGUUUCUCCCUUGCAGAUUUUAUACAAGCCAGUCAAAGACUUAAAUGGGAUUCCUGGAAGUGAAUUAUUGUUUAUUUGUUUGACAGGAUACCAAAGGCGAGAGCGUGAUGAUAUCAUGGUAUGAAGUUCCCAUCAAUAAGUUUAUUGAUAUCAAAGGCUUUAUUCAUGAAAUAUCUGCUGGCUCGAAGUUAAAUCCUUGCCUUCAUGAAUGCAAGGAUUUAGUUCUUAGGAACUGCAUUAUUUUAUCACUACGAAAUACUGAGGUGGGAAAUUGGUGGGAAGAAAGGAAUGGAAUCUGUGAAAAGAGGGAGCGUUGACUUCUGAGAUUUCAAGCCAGAACCUGGAAAAGCUCGGAGGCUACCGACUUGCCUUGGCCAUGCUUGGCCAUCAAAUUUUUUGUAGUCUUUGCUUUUAAAAUCAAUCUUACAAAAAGUGUUAAGGGCUAAGCUUCUGGGAUACACAGCUCGUCUAGGUCCCCAGACAUCAACCUCUUCUCUUUACUAUGAUUUUGACAACCACCCCCCACAUGCUGUUAGGCACCCUUGUGAAUUUUGAGAGACUCCUUAUGGUCGUCAUUUAUUCCGCUCCCCCACACUAAAGUGUCUAAAGAAAAACUUUGCUACUCAUGCAUUAUACUACUCGAAUUACUAAACAAAAAAAUUGAAAACUUAUUAAGAAUUUGUGGAGUUUGCGUAAGAGACUAUUUUAGUGCAUCUAUAUAUACAUAUAUAUAUAAGUUGAUUCUUGGGCAUUUUUAUGUGUACACUAUUAAUUGGGUGUAUGCAGCCAAGAGUGUUCGUCAACUGUGGUGCCAUGUUAAAGUUAUUCGUUCAUCUAACAUAAACCCAAUUACCAAAAAGCUUUGUAGAUCCAUCUAUCUAAUCACAUGAGUUUGUUUGUAUCUUCCAAUAAUAGGAGCGGUCAAAUUAAAACGCGAUCUAUACUCAUCUCUCGACAAUAAAGUCAACUGAAACGUUAUUCCUCUGUAGCAUAUAGUCUUUGGUUUCUGGUUUUUGGACCUACAACAUAAUCUUGUGUAAUAAUAUGUCACUACCGCAACACCAGUCAAAAACCUGCUAUUCCUCUGUAUUAUGCUUAUGGGUGUUCUGUCAAAAUUGAGACGUUUUUUUAUUAUAUUUUUUUCCUUAUAUUUGAAAAUCCUUUUUUAUCUACAUAGAAUGCCUUUAAUAUUCGCUCUAAAUGAUACGCAUGAACAUAAAACUAAGUGCAACUUGAAUUCAUUUGAAAGCACUUAGUGCAUUCCAAAAUACAUCACUCAGAAAAUAUGGAUCUUAGUUUUUUUGCAUCUGUCCAUCUUGGUUAAAUUUUGUAUUAUCAACCGACAGUUAAUUAUGCAGCCCAUAUCUACUUAGAUCUGAUUUCGAACCACAUGAUAGCAAACUCCAGAUUAAUAGUAGUCUUGAUGAUGAUCUUGAUAUUAUCAAACCACCCAUGCAGUGCAUAUUGAUGUAUUUCUGCUUCAUCGAACAGAAUUUGAGGAACUCAUUGUUUAAUGGGUCUCUUUACCUGAAUAUUUCUCUUGAUGUCGAGAAACAUUUCUUGAUGAGGUUGAGCACAUUGCCCGCCUUAGUGUAGAUUGUUACAUUUUAGUCUGUGUCUUUGUUAUUUAUGCUGAUCUCACAUGAAAUGGACGACAAAGUUUAGUUCCAAUCAUGUUAACUCACUCAGAUCGCGCUUAUUGAAACAUGAUUUUUUAUCUACCAUUUUCUUUUUACUAGUCAGCCCUAGCUUCUUCUUUUGAAUGUUUGCAGAAAAUGGUGGAAUUGAUGGGUGCACACUUCUCUAAGCCUUUGAUAGCGAGCAAAGUCACUCAUCUUGUUUGCUACAAAUUCGAAGGUCUGUUCAUUAUUCUGAAAGUAAUCUGUAUUCAAUAUUUGUUGUUUCCAAUUUGGGGACUGAUGAUUCAUCUCUUAGUUAGCUGUCAAAUUUCCCUGCUUUUUGCCCUUUUUCUACUUUCCUGUCAUGCAAAAAGGCCCGAAACUUAAAGUUUGUCUGUAGCGGAACCAGGCUGAGCGGAAAAUCUGUUCCGCACUACAUAUGUUAUAUAUAAUGACUGGUAUAGAGUGAAUGGAACAAUAGAAACUAAAGUGUUGUACAGUGCGUUUAAUAGUAUUUUCUUAUUAUAAGAAAAAAUGUAGGGAGUACCUGUGCUUUGAUAACAAAUCUCGCAUGUGUGUGUGCAAGUAUUUCGUUACUAUGUACAUAGAAUUCUAAUUAUCAUUUAUGUCGUCAUCCGUUUAUCAUUAGCCAAUCAUCCGUUCACUUAAAAAACUAAUGUUCAAGGAAUUCUAUGUCACAGGCAAUUAAUGGAAAUUUAAUUUAUGAUAAUGCUUUUUUCUCUGUCGAUUGAGCUGGAUUUUUCCGCUAGGGAACUUAAUUUAUUCACCUUCUCCGCGUGUCACUGCUGUAGAGGUUUGAAAGUCAGAAUCAACGGGUUUUACUUUUCGCGUAGAUUGUUGAUCCUUGCUAAUGAAUGUGCUGUCUGUUAUUGAAAUGUAUUUUUUCAUUCAAAAUCCAUCGCUUUUUGUAAUUGUAUGCUGUAAGGAAGGUAUUCUUAUAUCCUUUUUCAACUCCCUACCAGGUGAGAAGUAUGAACUUGCAAGAAGAGUGAACAUAAAACUUGUCAACCAUCAGUGGUUAGAAGAUUGGUAUGAUAAAACAUUUUCCACGCUAUUUUCAUUUGUUUAAGUAAGCCAUCUUCAAGAAGAUGCUUACAAAUUUUCUGUAGGCUAUUUUUCUGAUGCUUCGUUGUUCCAAUUCUUCUCUCAGCUUAAGAGCAUGGGAAAUCCUUCCUGAAGAUAACUACAGAAUGAGGUGAAAAAAAAUUCCUCCUUUCAAACUUAUUUUUUAUUUUGUUCUCAUUACUACAUGGGAAAUUUUCAUAUUCUUGUUCAUUAUAAAUUUAGUUACUUUUUUCAUUAUUGCAUGGGAAAAACUAGGUCUUUACUAAUGCUUUGUUGCCUCUUGGAUAUGUGUUGUCUCCGCGAACUGCCAAGAAAGAGUCCUCUAAGAGGGCCAAUUGUACUGAUGAUCCACAGAUGGUCUCAUCUCCUAGCUCAGUUCCUUAAGUCUUAAAGGCAAUCUACAGUCUUGUCGUCAGUGCCAUAGGAUUCAUUUUGAAUUUCAAUCGUCAUUCUCUUGUUUAUUUUAGACAAAUUGUUUAAAUGAUUUGUGGGAUGACUUGUCGGAUGAGCCAUCUCAAGUUCUUCAUGGAAUGCUGUUAGCAACAUGAUUAACUACCUGCAGGAUUUGCAGAGGCUCAUAUGCGAAGAUAUUAUAUUAAGUAUCACAAAAAAUAGCCUUAGUAUUAUGAUGAAAAUACCGAUCCAUUACUCUUAGGUGACCCCUAUUAUGAUUAACCUAAAAAUGAGCCAUACUAUGUGCGAAGAAUUUUUUAUCCUAAACAAUAAAGCAGGAUUAAUCAACCAAACAAAACAAUUCAGUCCUCUCUUUUUAAGAGAUAGGAUGGAGAGGAUCUGGUCCACACUGGUCCCCAAUGUGGGUAUAUUAGACCCAUAUUUAAUGAAACUGCGGUUAUAUACCAUUCGUCCUGAUGGUGUUGUGUGCGUAUCAAACGAGUCGACCUUGUUACAAAAAGAAGAAUCUGCGGCUCUUCAUAUUUGGUAUAGGGAAUACAGAUUUUCUUAUUCAUCACAAUUUUCAAAACAAAAUGACAAUCUGCUUUAAUGCAUUUGUCUUUCCCAUGAAAAACAAUAUUACCAGUAAUGAAGAUGCAUGGUCAUCAAGUUUCUGUGAGGCUGUUUAAUUCAUUGUUCUAUUCUUAGCCUCACCACUAGGUCCUCGAUAACAAUUUGUCUCUCAAUCUUCCAGAAUAUGAGAUUCCCACCAAUUAGCAUAAAAGACAUAAUGGUAGAUUGACUAUCACUCGUUGAUAUUGUACAGUCUACAUCAGAGGAAGCAACAGUAUGUAGAUUUACAUUUGUUAGCAUCUGGCAGGCCUUCCCUUAGAGCACAUUUAUUCAAGCCGAGUCUGCCAAUAAGAUGUCUAAAUUAUAUCUUGUCACUAAAAAAUAAAAAAAAAUCACAAAGUUUAAAUUUUCUCCAUGGGAGUGGUUGCUGGUUUUGCUCUUAGCCUGCAUGGCGAAAGAGAUCUGUGGAUUCUUUUCUUCAGGAUGAAAAAUCCCUUUGUUUCCUCAGAAAACUUCAAUUCAGUAUUCAUUCUCUUUUCAUUCAAAGGAGGGGGAGGAGGAUAUAGUAAUUUGCAUCGUUAAUCACAUGCCACAGUUUUAUGUAUCUAUAGCCAGUAUUGCAUUCGAUGGUUGAUGCGGUAUGAGAUACAUAGGAACUAUUGAAUGAAAAUAUGAAGGAAUUCCUAAUGUUUGAAUCAUGUUUUCUAUUUUGCACUUAGACCAAGUUUUUUGUUGCGCAAUAGUGCUACUUUUUAUAUUCGGAAGAUACAAACCAAUUUAUUCAUAUGCAUUAUUAUUUUUUCUUUUUCGUUUCACCUAAACGUAUUCACUUGUGUAGCCUUCCUUUUUAUUUUAUGGAGUAAUUGAAAUUCUAUUUUUAUCAUAUGUUUAUCCUAAGAUCUCAAAUGUCAGUACUUCUCUUUCUUUCUCAAGCACAAAAAAUGUUUAUUUUCUAAAGUGAAGGAAAUGACACACCCAUUCAACCAAAGAGUUAGUACACUAAAAAAAUAUUUGCUGGGUUAGCCUUGCAUCUGCCGACGGAUGUGACUUAUCCCGUUUCUCUCUCUCUCUCUCUCUCUCUCUUCCCCGCACCCCACUGGAAUGACCACACAGUUCGAUGGUUUAUUAUUUGUACUAAAUAGAUGAUGCAUUCCUUUGGCCCAACUUAUUAAAAAAGGAAACGUAAUCUUGAAUAUUAUGUUUUAUUUUUUGGUUAGAGAGGCCUGAGGCAAUUCCUUUUUUUUAGCAUUUUCUGUGCCAUAUUUAAGGGUAAGCUACAAUGCCAGUUCUGCUAAGUUUUCUUCACAGUGGCUGGGAGUUGGAGAUUAUGGAAGCUGAGGCAAAGAAUUCUGAUGAUGACUCUGAAGAGUGUUCAAGGGUGCGACCAGCGAGGAAGAGAAGCACUACAGCAGAGAAUUCGGAUAUGCAGAGUUCUAUGCCAGUGUUACACAGUCCUAAACCAUCAUUGACAGUUCCGGACAGAUCUAUCAUCAGGCAGGAAGAUACUGUGCCAUCAGAAGUUCUGCACUCCAAGCUUGACGAAGUUCGUGUGGGCAACGCAUCAUUAUUGAAUCCAUCCAACGAGGACUGUUCUGCCAUAGCUUCUAGCAUGCGUAAUAAUGGCAAUAUCACCGAAAAAUUAGCCAUUCAAGAUGGUAAUGGGACAAAGGACAGUAUCACGAACGAUGCCCACCUCCAGAACCCAGAUGUUACAUCGGACAAUAUUGCUAAUGUAAAUGAUGCAGGCAUUGAAUUGUCACCUGAUUCCUUGCGUAGAAGCUUCUCAAGUUAUGAUGCAGCUGAAAUGAAAUCGGGUUCUGCGAGUUACUCUAGGAAAAAUCGUAGAAAAUCAGUAUCUACGGAAGAUUUAGCAAGGAGAAUGGGUUGUCCUCAAAGAAGUUCAAAGGCAAACGACAUUCCAUCAUCAGUUCCGAGAGGACAAACAAGUAACAUUGGGUCAGCGGAUGUUCAAAGCCCAACGACCAUGAAAGAAUUGUCCCGCAUGGAGGGGGUAUGUAAUGCAUUGCCUCAGAAGAGGAAGGUGCCUACUUUUUAUCCCACGUCAAUAAAGUCGGGACUUCAAAAUAAUUCAGAAACCUCUGCUCGGCAGAGUUACUCAGCAGCUUCGGUAUCAUCACAACUUGAAGCUUCAGGCAAGACUGCACACCAAGGUGGAUCCCUUUCUUCACUUGAUGAUCUAAAAACAGCUGAUGGGCAUGGGAGUCCGUUAAUUUCAAAAUCUUCAGUUUCCGGAAAAUUGAAUGAGCGUGAACCUUCUUCAAGGGAUAAUGAAAAAGCUUGUUUAAAUGGUAAAGUCAUGAACUCAUUUCACAAUGCUGGAUCAAUAAUGUCGCCCCUUCAUCUGAGUUCAACAGAUUUGAGCACAGUUGGUGCACUUUCUCGUUCAGGUUGCAGUACGAGUAGUUUACAUCAAGAUUGCGACCUAGGCAGGGCAACAAGAUCUACAUUGUGUAUAAGGAAUACUGUGGACAACCUUGGUGCACUAUCCAUUGAUUGUCAAAUGGUAGAUGGCGUAUCUGCCGAGUGCAAGAAACCAGAGCGAUCUCCAAGUAAGACAUCUGAGUUGUAUCUCAAGCAUGAUAAAGUGGAUGUUCCAAUGUCUGAUUUGUCAGACAUUCAUAUCGGUGAAAAUGGGCAAACCAGGCCGCUAAAGGACUCGGGGUCUUCAUCAGGCGGUAAUAGGGAUUCUGGAAUGGGGAAGUUAUCGGAUCCUUCAAAUCCUAAUCGCAGAGUGCUCUCGAAAGCUCUAAACAAGAAGGUAGUUGCAAAGAAAAAGCUGAGCUGCAUCGGUAAACCAAGUGUAGAGAGCAAAGAUAGAAGCUCUGUUUACUCGAACAAGGUUGUCAGUCCAAACUUAUCCACCUGCAGAAGAGAGCAACAAAAAGAGCCUGAACAUGGGCAGAAAGCCAAUGACGAGAGUGACGAAAUGGUUGGGAUCUCCAAAGAAGUAAUCAUGGUGGGAAUACUUCAAGAGCCACAAAAUUCUUCAAGUAAAGGCGACAGGAUAAGUUCUAGUGAGAACAUCACCCUUAACCGGAACAAUGAAACUGUGGGUGAACAUGACUUCAAAUCAAUGGAAGUAGAAGGGCCUGUGCUCAAGGGGACAUCUGUCAACGAGACAAAUCUGAUGGUUAAGUCAGUACAUGGCAAUACCGUAGUGAGGGGGAAGAUGAAGAAGGCUCAUCGUCUUGAUGUUGCCCCCAAUGCCAAGAAUGUGCCAACAGUUGCAGUGCACCCGUCUGAUGACACGGGGAAGGAAAAUAAGUCCAUAGAAAAUACCCUUACAAACAGUAAGAUAGAUAAAUUUGGUGGAAAGUCAGCUGAGAGUACCAAGAGAAUUGAUGAGACAGCCACUGGUCAACUUCAAAAUCACCAGCAUCCCAAGUAUAUUUCCGAGCCUUCAUGCUUCAUCUUGAGUGGGCACCGUCUACAAAGGAAAGAGUUUCAGAAGGUCAUCAGGCGCUUAAAGGGGAGGCUCUGUAGAGACUCCCACAACUGGUCUUACCAGGCUACACAUUUCAUCUCCCCGGAGCCUAUACGGAGGACUGAAAAAUUUUUUGCAGCCGCGGCAUCGGGAAGGUAUGCGGCUAACCUCGUGCCCACUGUUCAUUUCAUGCGGAUUCCAUUGUUUAAAUGACACCGAUCCAUGGUUCACGCUACAUACAAAUUCCAUUAAAACCCCUGCGCAUUCAUUCCUUCCAAAGAUUUCACUCGAGGAGAUGUUCCUCUUGCUGAAUGUAGGUGGAUUCUAAAGUCUGACUACUUGGCCGCUUGUAACGAGGCUGGGAAGUUUUUGCCCGAAGAACCUUUUGAAUGGUAUGGCUGUGGCCUUACUGAAGACGGAGCAAUCAACCUAGAAGCUCCCCGAAAAUGGCGUCUUCUGAGGGAGGGAACCGGUCAUGGUGCUUUCUAUGGGGCGCGUAUCAUCGUCUAUGGAGAAUGCAUUGCUCCUUCUCUGGUACUCCACCCUUUUCCUUCUCCCCCUUCCUCACUGACUGCCCUGAUAGUUGAUAUAUAACCUACAAGCAUCUGCUCCCCGAAUGAAGAAGCCUCUUUUAAGCAUUUUGGCUCGCUAUAGUUCCACCCCAUAAACGCUUUUAAAAGCAGAAAGGCUGAUGAGCUUCAACCCUUCUGUACUUCCAUUAAAAUCCCGUCAGAAGUAAUGCUUCCUUUCUUUUCUUCUGUUUGGUUUUUUUUUUUCCGAGGAACUGCUGCCAUCUUUGGUACGAUUAAUGCCACAUUGGUGCUUGUUUCUUCUUUUGGUCUAGGACACUCUCAAGCGUGUGGUGAAGGCUGGCGACGGCGCGAUACUGGCCACCUCCCCACCCUACACCCGCCUCAUGAACUCGGGCGUUGACUUCGCUGUUAUCAGUCCAAGCACGCCCCCGUCGGACCCGUGGGUUCAGGAGUUCCUGAGGCACGAGAUCCCGUGCGUGCUGGCCGACUACCUAGUGGAGCACGUGUGCAAAGCAGGCUACCCUCUCGACCGCCACGUGCUGUACGGAAGCCUCCCCUUGGCCGAAAGGGCGCUAGCGGCGCUCCGCCGCCGAUCGGAAGAGGCUGUCCCCCCCGGUGAGGAGACCUCCGACGACCUCAGCUGCUCAGUCUGCGGCUCCCGAGAGAGAGGGGACGUGAUGCUAAUCUGCGGUGACGAGCUGGGGCUCAGCGGCUGCGGCGCCGCCAUGCACACCGACUGCUGCCAGCCGCCGCUCGCCGCCGUGCCAGAGGACGACUGGUUCUGCCCCCGCUGCGCUCAGGACAAACCCACCAGGAGAUAG